AUGCUUUCCAGAGUCACACGACGUCUAACUUCACACCGUCGUUUAUCGCUUCAGGCUUACGAUAACAAGUCUGUAACAGUUAAUGUCGGAGGCAAGGAUGUUUCUUUCGAUAAUGUCUUUUUAAGAGACUCUUGCACUUCCCCGGAUUCUGUGGACAUUUCCACCAGUCAGAAGUCCUUUACAACUGCCAGUAUAUCCCAAGGCGUCAGUAUUGCUGAAAAGCCUUAUGUUGGUGAAAAGGAUGGAGAGAAGGCUCUUUUUGUUAAAUGGCAGCAAGGCUCAAACUCUCUUCAAUCCACCUACCCGGAAUCCUUCUUGGAAAAGUCACUGACAGUGAAGGGUAGAUUCCAGGGUAAGUUUUUCCCUGAAGAGAAGGUUUACUGGAGAAACAAAGAUCUUGUGCCUAAUUUGGAUGAACUCAAGGUUGACUAUCAUGGGUACUUUUCCAAGGACGAUGUGUUCAAGAAGGUGUUGAAUAACUUGAACAAGUAUGGACUUUCGUUUAUUGAGAACGUCGAAGACCCACAGAAUGAUCCACAGCUCGGGUCGAUUAAACCAGAAAACGAACACUUAUGGCCUGUGGCGAAGUUGGCGUCUCGGUUCGGUUACAUCAAGAAGACAUUCUACGGUGUUCUCUUUGAUGUGAAGAACGAGAAGAACGCUAAGAACAUUGCCAACACAAACGUGUUCCUCCCAUUGCAUAUGGACUUGCUCUAUUAUGAGUCGCCUCCAGGUUUGCAACUUUUGCAUUUCAUCCAAAACACUACUUUGGGUGGUGAAAAUAUCUUUGCUGAUUCUUUUGCUGCUGCCCACCACAUUCGUGAUACUGAUCCGGCUGCCUAUGAAGCGCUCAAGAAGGUGCCAAUCACGUAUCACUAUAAUAAUAAUAACGAGUAUUACUAUUACUUGCGCCCGCUCGUUGUGGAGGAUCCCUUCGUUAAAAACUUCACCACUGGCGAGCCUCAAAUCAAGGAGGUUAAUUAUGCUCCACCUUUCCAGGGUCCUUUCGAAUUCCAUGUCACUACUUCUGAAGAUGCCCAGCUUUGGCAGGACUUCUUGAGAGGUAUGAGGCUUUUCGAGGAUUUCAUUAAUGACCCACAGAAUACUUACGAGGUGAAGCUGCCUGAAGGAAGCUGCGUUAUCUUCGACAACCGCAGAGUGCUCCACUCAAGAAACCAAUUCUCCGAUUCCAAUGGCGGUGACCGCUGGUUGAUGGGCACUUACGUUGACGGCGACAGUUACCGUUCCAAGCUUAGAAAGGUCAACCAGUAA